ACCACUACCAGCCCCGCUAGGAUCUGUCAUUCAAGAAACAGGCCGGGCCAGAUGAGGCUUGCUUUGUUGUUAUUUGGGUGAACGCUACUCCAAAGUUUAGUGACAGCGUUGCAGAUGUAAGUUUUGUGUCUGGGGGAAGCAGAGAUCGUUCGCAGGCAAACAGAAUAUCUGCACGUUGUAAAGCUUUCUGAAGCGAGUCUCUAAAGACUUAAUGAUGACCGCUAAAACUUUAGAGAAAACCCCCGUUACUCUUGGCAGCUUUGGCCAUCCUCUCUCUGAGGGCAUCUACUCGGUUGACGAGAUUGCCACAUCAUUGCCACCAUCGGUGACUGUAUUUCAGAACGGUGAUCUAGGAGGACAUUACGACCAGCUAAGCGGACCCUCAGGAGAUGGCAUUACCAGCGGGGAUAUGAGCACAGAAAAGCGCUCCGUCGACCUGUCUUACUCCAGCUUCGCGCAGCCAACGGCUCCUCGCAACCAGACUUUUACCUACAUGGGAAAGUUCUCCAUCGACUCCCAGUAUCCAGGCAAUUGGAAUCCAGAAGGCGUUAUCAACAUCGUUAGUGCAGGGAUUCUGGGCAUGACCCAGCCCUCCUCGGCAUCGUCCUCUCCUUCAUCAUCAGUCUCACCGAGUCAUUUCUCUAGCACGCUCAGUUGCACAGUGGCGCAAAACCAGGCGGACAUGGAACACAUCUACUCCCCUCCUCCGUCAUACCCAGGCUGUGGAGAGGUCUACCAAGAUCCCUCUGCCUUCCUUUCAACCUCCACCUGUCCCAUGUCCUACCCGCCACCGUCUUACUCCUCUCCCAAGCCGAACACCGAUGCUGGGCUGUUCCCGAUAAUCCCAGAGUAUGCCACUUUUUUUCAGCCAACUUGCCAGAGGGACAUGCAAACUAUUCCUGACCGCAAGCCCUUCUCCUGUCCGCUGGAGUCGUUUAGGGUUCCCCCUCCGUUAACGCCACUGAACACUAUUAGGAACUUUACGCUAGGUGGACCAAUGUCUGAAGGACCCAGGUUGCCCACAGCCUACAGCCCCCAGAAUUUGCCUUUAAGACCGAUCCUCCGACCCAGGAAGUACCCCAACAGACCCAGCAAGACCCCUGUCCACGAGCGGCCAUACCCCUGCCCCGCAGAAGGAUGCGACAGGCGGUUCUCCAGAUCCGAUGAGCUAACCAGACACAUUCGAAUUCACACAGGACACAAACCCUUCCAGUGUCGGAUAUGCAUGAGAAACUUCAGUCGCAGCGAUCACCUGACAACUCAUAUCCGCACGCACACCGGAGAGAAGCCGUUCGCUUGCGAUUUCUGCGGGCGAAAGUUUGCAAGAAGCGACGAGAGAAAGAGACACACCAAGAUCCAUCUGAGACAGAAGGAGAGAAAGUCCUCCGCGCCAUCUAGCAGCUCUACUACUGAGCGCGCCAUCAGCAUCGGCACGUCAGUGGUCUGCUCCUCCAGCCAAUAAAGCUCCAGCAUAGCACAACAGCAUCAACACUAGGCAAUAGCCGUGGUGUAACCCACCACUCUUCAAAGCAAAACUGGGUAUCUGACGAAAACGUAAACCACUUUGCCAAAGGACACGAGUGAGGGACACUAGUUGUACGCGUCCUCAAUUGGCACGUUUUUUUCCAACUGUUUUUCCUCUACCUGUCUCAGCCGCAUGUCGACUGACAAAACGCACUUUGUUUAUAUAUAUUUAGGUGGAAUAAUUUAAUGAAAUAACUGCAGCAUGUGGGACUACGUAUUCUAAUUACGAAGUAAAAUGUACGUUUUGUUGAGUGGUUACAAUCAUUGUGUAAUGGGCGCACGCGGAGGGUUUCUGCGCCCCUGUCUCAGACCUGGCAGCAGGAGAGUUUAUUGCACUGCUAUAAACGCUCUAAUCGCAAACUUGCAAUAAUUUGGAACUGGUUCAAAUGUGUUUUUUGGCAAGCUGAAUCUAACUAGCUAUCUUUACCCCUUUAUUGUGCCUUUGUCCGUUCUUUUUGUAUAUAGCUACACACCCAAUGAGGCUUUUAAAUAAAUUGUACAGUGGUCCUUUAAUAAGAAAAUUUUUCAAAAAUAUAUUUUUGUACAAAUCGUUUCGUGUUGCAAGUGAUCAAGUGUGGUUAAAAGAAAUGUGAAUAACCGAACUUAUAAUGACGUGACGCUUGUUUUGUAAAUGUUGAAACUGAUAUGUAAUUGGACUGAAAUAACUAACGAAGGUCAGCAGUUUACUGGCUUAACUUUCUGUCACCGUAAAGAUAAUAAAAAUUAAAUUCUGACA